AUGACUCCUCCAACUUCUGGCCACAUCGAGAGUGGGAAUGACUUCCAACGAGCUCAAGACGCAUAUCACGCCGCAUUUGGGGCUUUCCCACAAAGCAAGGAUGAAAUAGCAAGAGCGAAGCUUUUGUCGUUUAUUAUAGGGGCAAGCGAACAGGAUUUGAGCACAAUACAGAAACUUCUUGAGACCUCAUUUAAUGCCGAGGACAGGACAGGUGGAUUGGCAAGCCAGAGCAAGAUCGUAUCAGCGUCUAACGAUCACACCUUACGGGUGUGGGACGCUACCACUGGCAAAGAAGAAUAUACACUCAUCGGUCAUUCAGAAGCCGUUACCAGCGUCGCGGUCUCACCUGAUUGUAAGACGAUUGCUUCCGGUUCAGCUGAUCAGAUCGUGAGGCUAUGGGACACGACAACGGGCCGGCAAACGCGCUUGCUCACCGGCCAUUCCAGUGCAAUCAAAAGCGUUGCUUUCUCUUUCGACGGGACUAAGCUUGCUUCUGGGUCCGAUGACGGUACGGCCUUGGUGUGGGAUCUGGCAACAGGCCAGCAGGAGUGUACACUCUCGCACUCUACCGCCAGUGCUUCCUAUGGCUACUACGGCUCCAAGGCUCACACCAUUAAACACGCUGUCACUAGUAUUGCCUUCUCUCUCGAUGGCAAGAGAAUCAUUGCUGGGACUAGGGAUAAUGGGAUAUGGAUGUCAGAUAUAGCGACCGGCACACAAGAACCCCUUUCCGGCCACUCCAAUGCCAUCACCAGCCUCGUCUUCUCCUUGGACGGCCGCCAGAUAGCAUCGGGAAGUACUGACGGUACUGUAAAAGUCUGGGAUGCUACAACUAGUCAGGCCAAGUCUAUUAUUUCGGGCCAUUCUGGCGCCAUCACCAGUAUUGCCUUUUCGCCAGACGGAAGCAAGAUUGCGACGGGGUCCGCUGAUUGUACUGUGCGUGUGUGGGAUGCGGAAAGCGCCAAGGAAGAGCGUGUGCCCAUAUGCCAACCCAGCAAUGUCAAGAGCGUAGCCUUCUCAUCCGACGGUAGGAAGAUUGUGGCCGGUUUGGCUGAUCACACAUUGAGGCUGUACGAUGUGACAACCGGCCUCGAGGAGUGUGCGUUGACAGGCCAUUCUGGCGAUGUUACCGGUAGUGCCUUUUUCUAA